AUGGAAAUGAUUCCACUUCUUGAGAUUCCUAAAGAAUCUAUUAGAAAAAGAAAUGACAAUCAUCUUGAAAGCUUUAGUCUUAUCUGGCUUAAUAAUAAUGAAAAUGUUGACAUCCAAAAAGAAUUACGUAAUACAAUUAAUCAUAUUGAAACAUUCGAUGAUGUUGAAGAAUGUAAAAACUAUAUUGAAAAGACAUCAGAAAAUGAUCGAUUAGUUCUUGUUACUAAUGGUGAAUUCGGUCAACAAAUUAUUCCUUCAAUUCAUCAA